ACUCCCCUUCACCGUCAUCACCAUGGACCGCCCACUCACUAGCACGCUUUUCAAGCUGCGUUCGUCGUGCCCAUACCUGAGCAAGACGUCGACGCAGCAGAUUGCAAAGAUGUCGACGACAGCCUUCCUACCCGGUGGACCUAACCGUCUGGCCGUCCGGGCCCAGCAGUGCCCCGUCAUGUCCAAGGCCAUCGAGGACAAGCCUGACGAGGCUGUUGCCGCUGCUCCUGCCAUGUCGUCCGAGGCUGGCUCGUUCCUCUUUGGCAACGGACCUGCGUCCGUUGUGGCGCUCAGCGGAGUUGGCGCAAAGAGGCCCUCGGCGGGCAAGUGCCCUUUCCACCACGGUGGCGAGCAGCAGACGCGCAACUACGUCAGCCGCAGCAACGUCUCGUCGGCCUCUGUUGUCGCCGAGCCAGCCAACCACAUCAACCGCAUCCAUGCCAAGGAGGGCAUCCGCACCGAUGGCAUGGGCGAUGUGUCCAAGUGCCCACACGCCAAAGCCGCUCAGGCCGCGGCCCGUGCAGCCCAGCAGGCUGCAGACAUUGCCCUCAUGAGUCGCGGCAUUCAGAACCCAGUCAAGAAGCACGUCCAGACUCGUACUCCGGGAUCGGGUCUCGGCAUCCCGCCCACGCCCCAGCCAAAGGAGGCGCCUGGCUUCGAUUACGAGGCCUUCUACCAUCGAGACCUCAUGGCCAAGCAUGCCGACAAGUCAUACCGCUACUUCAACAACAUCAACCGUCUGGUUGAAAAGGCGCCCAGGGGCCAUCUCGAAGAUGAAGCUCGCGAGAUCACGGUGUGGUGCUCCAACGACUACCAGAACAUGAGCCGUCACCCCAAGGUGCUCGAGUCGAUGGCCGACACGCUCUUCAAGUACGGCGCUGGGGCUGGAGGCACCAGGAACAUCGCCGGACACAACCGCCACGUCGAAAAGGUCGAGUCGGUGAUCGCCGAUCUGCACCGCAAGGAUGCGGCAUUGGUCUUUGGAAGCUGCUACGCAGCAAACGAUGCCUGCCUGUCCAUCCUGGGAAGCAAGUUGCCUGACUGUGUCAUUUUCUCCGACUCCUCCAACCACGCCUCGAUGAUUCAGGGCAUCCGUCACUCGGGCGCCAAGAAGGUCAUCUACAAGCACAACGACAUGGAAGACCUCGAGACGAAGCUCAAGGCGCUGCCCCUCGACACACCCAAGAUUAUCGCCUUUGAGUCUGUGUACUCAAUGUGCGGCACCGUGGGCCCCAUCGAGAAGACGAUUGAGCUGGCCGAAAAGUACGGUGCGCUCACGUUCCUCGACGAGGUCCACGCUGUGGGCAUGUACGGUCCCCGCGGUGCCGGCGUGGCCGAGCAUCUCGACUGGGAGAUGCAGGCCAACGGCGGCGCUCGUGGCGGCAAGAAGUCCAUCAUGGACCGCAUUGACAUCAUCACGGGCACCCUCGGAAAGGCCUACGGAAAUGUGGGCGGCUACAUCGCUGGCUCCAACAGGAUGGUCGACAUCAUCCGCUCCUUUGCGCCCCAAUUCAUCUUCUCCACGACGCUUCCCCCUAGCGUCCUGAACGGUGCGACGACGGCCAUUGAAGUGCUCAUGUCGUCCAACUACACCCGCCGUCUGCAGCAGAUUCGCACGCGCGAGACCAAGGACGCCCUCAUUGCUGCGGGCAUCCCUCUCCAGCACAACCCCUCGCACAUCGUCCCCGCCCUUGUGGGCAGCGCCGAGAAGGCCAAGGCGGCGUCGGACAUGCUCCUCAACGACUAUGGCUGCUACGUCCAGCCCAUCAACUUCCCCACCGUGGGACGCGGCCUCGAGCGCCUUCGCAUCACCCCUACUCCCGGACAUUCGGAGACGGACGUCAAGCAGCUCGUCGAGGCCCUGGACCAGGUGUGGAACCGCCUGAACCUUCGCAGGGUCGACGAGCUCCGUGCCGCCCCUACCGACGGCAGUGACCCCCUGGCGGACCUUUUCAGGAGCGCAGAGAGGGACGACCGCGUGCCUCUGUGGGACGAUGAGCUGCUCGGCCUCAAGAAGAGCUCCAAGUCGCUCGAGGCCAACACGAUGAGCCCGGUGCACCACGCUGUUCACCACCAGUCCACGCCCAUUACUGCGGCCGCUUGAAGUUCUGUCCGUUCCAUGUUCCCCUGUUCCUCCCUCCCUAUCUAUCCUUUCCCCGCUCUAAACGGC